AAACGCUUUAAAACACACAGGUGACCCGGACGAGCACUGACUGCCAACAUGGCGAACGCACAACCGGCACAAGCGAGACCGUGGAACCCAGACUUCAAACAUACAGACAGGGAGAGGUGGAUAUGUGUGUACCCAGCCUAUAUCAACAGCAGGAAAACAGUGAAAGAGGGCAGGAUACUGCCUAAAGAAAUGUGUGUAGACAACCCUCAGACACUGGAGAUCAGAGAUGUACUAGGCACGUGUGGACUCCUGAUUGGUGUGGAGAACAAGGUGUAUCCACGGGAACUGGACCAUCGCGAUCUGAAGACCCGGGGCCGUAUCAGGGUACAACUGAGGGGAGAGAACGGUGAACCGAUGAUAGAGAAGUUUCCUGAUCGAAAGUCUGUACUGAAAUAUGUGUGUGAUAUGAUCCCUAAACUAAAGACACGACAACAGUCCGGGGCAUCCACUCAGUCUCAAGUACAACCAGCACAAAGCAGCAAAAAUCAGAAGAAAAAAGGAAGGAAGGGCAAAUGAGGAAUGAAUCAGACAGAAUAAAUGUGUGUAAAGGAACAUAGAGAUCAGAUGUGGUACAUACAUAUCAGAUUUGAAAUACAGAGAUCAGAUUUGGAACAUAGGAAGACAACGGAAUAAACUGAUGGAAUAGUGACAGAUACUUGGUAGAUACUGUGGUGGGGUUUUUCAUUAAAAUCAUCAGAUUAGAAUGUCCUUUGUCAUAUGCAGAAAUGAAUUUCUGUUUCUGUUUGAAGGUUUCAUAUAUAGAUAACACUUGUUACUGUUAUGAGGUAACAUUGAUGGAAACACCUGUGUUAUAUGGAUAAAGGAAGGUUCAGUUUUCUUUAUAUUAAUGAAUUAAUUUUCUUCAUUGUGUUGCGUGGGAAUGGGACAAUAGAUUUUACAGAGAGAGAGAGGGGGAGAGAGAGACAGAGAGGGGGAGAGAGAGAGCGAGAGAGAGAGGAAUGCUCUCUGUCAGGAAGGAGAAUGUUUAUACUGUGAUAUGUAGAGUAAAUGUGUUUGAUUGGUACCCAUAGGUGUAGUGUAUGAAGAGAAUGAUUGAGCAAAAUAUUUAUGUGAAUGUAUAUAACUUUGAUAGUGAGAAUGAUGCAGAAAAAACUACCCUUGUAUGUCCUUUUUUCUUUUUACUUUUUUUUUUUUUUUGCGAGUAGAAAAAAUUUCCACGUGUAGAUAACGGUGGAGUGUUCUAGUUUGUUUGAUGCACAUACCUAAAAGAUUUCAAAUUGUUUUAAAAUGGUUGGAUCUCCUGUUUGGAGAUCAAAAAACGCCCUCAUGUGUCUAGUGGAUACUGGGUGGCUGAUCAUUGUUUUACAAACCUUAAAUGUGACUACAGAUGUAUGUUUAUGUAUAAGUACUGAUUGUUCAAUAAACAUUUAACACUCAA